CACGUGAGCACGGCUCCGCCAUACAGCUGCAGAAGGCAGAGCUGAGGCUGCUCCAGGCUUUCCCAAAGCCAUGGAGAAUGGCAUGUGGGGCUGAGAGCAGGAGCAGCCUUCUCUGUUCAGGGCUUGCAGUUGCCUGUCCUCGGCCACGCGUACCAGGUGCCACAACCGCCCUUGUGGGUGCUGGCCCAGAACAGCAACAGAACGCACAGACAGCAAGGACAGGCAGCCUGCCAGAGGGCUUUGCCGGGACUGAUGUGGCCAGAGUGGACAGUGCUACGUGUGCUGCACAGCGCUUUGUGCAGGAAGGGUGACACUGCUUGGCUCUGCUGGGUUUAUUGGGCUCGCACAUCGCUGCUUGCCUGCCACGGCUGUAACCAGAUGGGCUCUGCAACACCCAAACACACCUACUGCCUGUAGUAGUCACGUUCUCUGGUGUAUGUUUUUUGGGAAGGACCUGGUGGCAAAGGGCAGCGUAGCACAGGGGGGCAGUGAACCCCCCAAAGAGGCUGUGGAGCUACACUGGGCUUUUUCCUGCUCGCCACUGGCAGGCAGUGCUGGGGGUCAGGCGCUGCUGCCUGCCAUGGGGCCUGCACAGCCCAUCCCACAAGCAGAGCAUUCAGCGGGGCUCUGUCGGGGGUGUCCGAUCCCCGCGUCUGCCUCCCCUCCUGCUUGGAAAUCCCCGUGUUGUGGCCCCGUGCCCCUGGAGACAACCGUGCCCAGGCCCCGGAACCAGCGACACUGUGACAUCAGCCCCGUUGCCGAGGGCACUGUGGGCAACGCCAACCCUGCGGGCAGUGUGUCGUCUGCUGCUGCACUGGUGGCAACAAGCCCUCGGUUCUGGCAGCUGGCACAUGCCUCUGGCAGCAAUGCUUAUGCUUCCGCUCCUCAUCCUGCUGGCCCUGAGCCGGCCUGUGCACGGCGCCUGGGACAGCUGUGGGGGGACCUGCGGGCUCCGGCCCAUGGCUGCACAGUCGGGCACGUCGCGUGUCGUGGGGGGCACAGACGCCCAGGCAGGGGCCUGGCCCUGGAUCGUCAGCAUCCAGGAUCCUUGGAGACCAGGCACAGGGCACAUUUGCGGGGGAUCACUCAUCAGCCCGCAGUGGGUCCUCACAGCAGCCCACUGCUUCAUCAGGGCCAGGCAUGUCAACAUGUGGCGCGUAGUGAUCGGGGCCACCCACCUGACUCAGCUCGGCCCGGAGACACAAGUGCGCAAUAUUAAGCGCCUGGUGGUGCACGAAGACUACAGCAGCGUCUGGGAGAGGAACGACAUUGCGCUGCUGGAGUUGGACCAGCCUGUGCAGUGCGGCUACCACGUACAGCUGGCCUGCGUGCCCGACGCCUCGCUGCGAGUGUCACAGCUGACCAACUGCUACGUCAGUGGCUGGGGGUCCACGAUGGCGAGAGCUGGAGGCCCGACGGAUGUCCUGCAGGAGGCCAAGGUCCCCCUCAUCAACGUCCACGUCUGCAACAGCAGCCGGUGGUACGCAGGGGCCGUCCACCCCCACAACCUGUGCGCUGGGUACCCGUGGGGCGGCAUCGACACCUGCCAGGGUGACAGCGGUGGGCCUCUCGUCUGCCAGGAUAACAAUGCCGAGUACUUCUGGCUUGUUGGGGUGACCAGCUGGGGGAAAGGCUGCACAAGAGCCAAGCGGCCCGGAGUCUACACCUCCACGCAGCACUUUUAUGACUGGAUCCUGGUCCAGAUGGGGCUGCACCCAGCAGCAACGGCUGCUCCAAGGCCACAGCCCGUAUUCACAUCAACCCCCUUACAGAGUCCGCAGCCAACACCAGCGCAAGCGGGCAGCUUUACGGACUGCCCAUUUCCACUCCAGAAGCUGGUGGAAUUCUUUACUCGGCUGCAGGAGCUCCUGCAGGUCCUGUGGGGGAAAAAGGCUCCAGCAGCAUCGUGAGCAGGAGCCAGCUGAAGCCGCAGCAGCGCACCACAGGGGCACUGCCUGCUGAUCCAAAGG